AGCGCCUGUGUACACUUUUCAGUCUAUAGAGAAAUUCACUACCAUGUCAAGUUCAUUUUACCGAUUCAAUGUUUUUAUUUACUUUUAAAGAUCCUCACUCAAAACCUCUGUGUUUCAAUUUUGCAUUGGUCAGCUUAUAGGAAUUUCAUAACACUAAUGUUUUUCAAGUCGAGUGUAACGAAGAACGUGUCGCGGUGCAGUAAUGUAAUUGUACAAUUAAAAAUCUCACCCAUUUAAAAUAUAAUGGUUUUGUGUUAUAUCAUUUUUGGGUUUUUAAUUUUUGUUCUAUUUAUUUAUUCGUUUCUUGAAAUUCAUUAUUUUUUUCGUGCCUCAUUGUGUGUGAUUCUUGCUAGAAUAUCUAAGAAAAAAACUCAUCUGUUAAGUGAAACUGUUAUUAAUGGAAUAUGUUUAACAAGUGAUAUAGACUCUAUGCUCACACAUAUGAACAACGCAAGGUUUCUGCGAGAGCUCGAUUUUGCUAAGAUUGACUUCUACGAAAGAACAGGCCUUUACAAGUGUAUAAAACAACAUGGGGGAAGUCUGGUGUUAGGUGCCUCAACGAUACGAUAUCGAAGAUUUAUUAAAUUAUUCAAUCGAUAUUCGGUAACGACUAAGGUUGUAUAUUGGGAUGAACAAAGCAUAUAUAUGGAGCACCGUUUUCUAACCCCAACAGAUAAUUUUGUUAAUGCGAUUGUGUUGUGUCGAACUCGAUUAACAAAUUGUAACGCUGAAGAUGUCGUAAAUGAACUUUUAUUAAAUUAUUCAGGAGACGAUAUCGAAAGUAACAAGAAAGAAAAGCCAGAACUCAGUCAAGAAUUAGCAAAAUGGAUUGAAAGUAAUGAAAUCUCUAGUGCAAGUUUGAGAAGAAAUAAGUAAAAAUAAAUAUCUUUUGUUGACAUUUUUACCUUUUACAUCAAAAAUAGAUCGUUUUUAUUUACGUUAAAUUUGUAAGUGUCAUCGAACUGUUAAUAACGUAGUUAAAAUAUUUUGACAUAGUGGUCAAUAAAGUAAUUGCUUUUUAGGUAUGUCAAUACAAGAAUAUCUACUUUUAAAGAAAUACGUAUGCAUCUACAUGUCAAUUUAAAAGUGUAUUACAACUUAUAAGACAAAAGACUAGUUUUUCCUUUUUCCUAGAGAUAAUACUUGGACGUAUAUACAUAUAUCUCUAUUUUAGAUUCACUUCAUUGUUAUAUUAAUACUUGCGGUGUUUUGUCAACCUAAUAUUUACUUUUCAUUAGAAAAAGGAUUUAAUUAGAAUAAAAUCAAUGGUUUUCGUCAUUUGAUUUACCGACAACUAGUAUUAUUAUAAUGUUAUGUUAAAAUAGUGUUACUAUUACUAUAAAUUUGACGUGUGAAUAUUUGUUAGAAUGUUAAAAACUAUUUUGUACGUUUUUUAAUGAAUGGAAGAUAUCACAUUCUGUUUCGGAUAAUGUCGUUUUUAAAAUGUGAAUAGCAUGAAUUUAUAUUUGGUAAUAAGAUGAUAUGUUUGAGUUUGUUGGAGCUGACAGGCUGUAGAAAAGUGUUUUAAGGUAGUUUGAUACAGAAAAAUGUGAUAUUUAUAUAUGUAAUUUUAUAAUGUUAAAAAAAAUACAAUCCAUUUUGUGUGUUACCUACACAUGUCUUUGUUGAUAAAAUCGUUUAAAAUGUAAUUUACAUGUUAUGUAUUGUAAUAAUUCAUAAUGAAGUAGAAUAUAUGUGGUUGUAAAAUCUGUGAUUUGACUACAAAUCGUUAAAGCUUUAAUACUGUAGUUUUUCUUAAAGAAUUGACAACGGUUUUUUGAUUUGUGUCGUUUGCUCAGAAUUUCUUCUUAGAAAUUGCUUACUCUGCUGUAAUAAUUGUGAUGGGAUGUAUAAUAUUUACCUUAUUACUGUACAUAAUUUAUUAAUAAUUAUUUAUUAUUAUUACAAAUAAAUCUAUUG